AUGAAUCAACUGUCGCUUGAGGAGUUCAGGCACGACCUGUCUUCCUCUGCCUCCACUCAUUCACAUUCAAGGAGAAAUGCUGUCCAGAGCUCCGCGGAUGGGUCGUUUUUUGUCCAGCGCGCUCCCAAAAGCAAGUUGUUUCCAUUGUCUCUGGCUCCUCGACUCUGCGCAGUUUUCAGCUCGUUAGCAGUAGCGUAUGUUCUGCUGCUAUGUUUCCGUUCUAUAGGGGCUGGGCGUCAGCAGGCUUCACCUGCCAGAUCCCUUGCAGCUGGUGGAUAUGGACCAUGCCGCUCAGAUUUCUUACAUGACGAUGAAGAAGAUGAUGACGGGGAGACGGGGGGUUGGGCACAACGUUUGGUGCAGUCACUCCUGCAGGAACAGCGAAUGUCACCGCCUCAACAGGCUUUCCAAUCUCAAGGGAAUGUCGGACUACCACGCGACGAAGGAUACUUUGCCGGCCAAGCGGUACAGGGAACUUCCGGAGACGUUGCGGGCGGUGGCUCUUCCCCAGAUAGCUCGAAGACGCAUGACUUGCACUUGUGGGUAAAUCGAAACAUGCCAACAUGUGAAAGGGAGUUUCUGUUGCGGACGUUUGGUCGGAUCGUACAAGCGACGAGGUUGUGUGGGUCUCUUCUGACAGUCAUGACGUGCAGGCAACGCCUGUAUUUUACAUUCCAUGUGGUGAGGUUGCUUGCCUUGGAUUUGGGAGCACUUACAUUAGUUAAGGAAGAUAUAGAGCCUACGAGGAGCGCCGUAGGUGACUGUCUCAUCCAGUUGGCGAAGCAGUCGCUUGAACGCGGUGGGGACGACGAAGGCAAUGAAGGCGAUCGUAUCGCGCUUCGUGAGCUUAUCGUUUUAAUUCGUGAGAUUAAGAAGCCAAGACUUAUUGAUCAAGAAAAGACCCCCACUAAAUACAAAAAGAAAAUGAUAAGCAUACUGGCAACUUCCGACACAGUAUUAAGGAAUUGUUUGGGCGUUCUGAGGGGGCUACAUCGGCUCCAGCAAAGCUUAUCGCUGAGGAAGCUGCCGGCUAGCGUAUUAGUACAGCAGCUCGGUGUUUUGAAGGCUCUUUACCAUGUCCACGCCGACUACCUCGCAAGGGAUGGUUCACUUCGGGCACACAUACUAGAGUGCCAGAAGCGUACGCGUCUGUAUGUGUUUUUUGGUCGGGAGCACUUUAAAUUGUCGAAAGGUAAGAUUCUGCCAGUUAAAGAACUGCAGAGCCAGAUAAGUGCAGCUGUAAGGGCCGCUGGCGGACUUCUACAACGUGGACAAGGAAGUGCAUGGAAGCGUGAGAGUGAUGGCAGCGCAAUGGAGGAGCAGACUGAAGAGGGAAGUGGUGAGUUUGAGUCGCUGAGUAGGCUUGCCGGUAACGAACUGCUACAAGGUGCAUUGUCUCAAGCAAUUCAAGCUUCCUAUGAGGACAGAACCUCGGAAGCGAACAUAGAUACGGACCCGGAUGAUACGCUGCAAGGUGAAGCUUCACCGCCUUGGUCUGACUGGUUGCUUGAGCAAGGUGCAAGUGCUGGGCCAGCUUUGAUGCCCCCCACCACAGACAGAUUUGCCGGGAGGCCUGUUGAACAACCGCCGCAGUUUGUCUCUCCGCAGACCUUUUUGUCAGCCGUUGGCAUGUCGGUGUUUUGGUCGCCAGCAGCAAGAGGGGGAGCUCUACAUGGGAGCCCAUAUUAUCCCGGGGCCUACGCUUCCUCUGCAAGACCCUUCCAGAUGUCAGCUGCUUCGUAUGGUGCACCUUUUUUUCAAGGCAGCUCAUCAGCACAGCACGUCUCUGCAGGACAGACUGCUACAGCGCAUUUGAUGCAAGCGCCUCUGAUGCAGCGGACGGAUGUAGCUGCUACAGCGCAUUUGAUGCACUCGCCUCUGGUGCAGCGGAUGGAUGUAGCUGAGCCGUCUGCGUGGCUGGAGACGCGUGCGCGUUCUCAAGAAGAGCGUCAGAGCAGGCUGCAGCUGCAGAGAUCUGCUGAGCUUCAAGAGGAUUACAUGUGGUUAGAGGGACCUGCAUCUAUGCAAGAAACGGACUACAGUCUUUUUGGGGAUGGCGGCAUACCCCCCUGGUCGCCUUUUCCACAAGCGCCAGCCGAAUCUAUAGAGAGUCCCGUCACUGCAAGCAGCGACUUCCCGGGCAGUCUGGGGGGCGCAAGCUUUCGCUUUCGCAGGACGGAAGGCCAGGACGAAGCGGGCGUUGGCCGCCUGGGUGGACGUAUUCGGAGCGGCCGCCAAUAA